CAACAAUUUAAUAGACAUUAAAUAAAAGUUAAACAAGAUGGGAAAGAGAAGAAGAGCUGCUAUUUUGCCUACCAAUAUCAUUUUACUUCAAAAUGUUGUGAGGAGAGACCCUGAAUCAUACCAUGAAGAAUUUCUUCAACAGUAUGCUCAUUACGAAUCUUUAAGAGAUAUUUUCUUGAUGAAUCCACAAGCUUCUGAUAAGGGUGAAGACUUUGCUGAGCUCAUUGGGUUUGUCUCUGCUGUGUGUAGUUGUUACCCGAAGGAAACAGCCAAUUUCCCCGGUGAAUUAAAGGAGAUUCUUCUUAAUAACCAUAGAAAUCUUUCACCAGAUCUUCGUGAAAAGAUUAUUCUGUGUCUUACAAUGCUUAGAAAUAAGGAUGUUAUUCUGGCUGAAUCAUUAAUUCAAACUAUUUUCCCACUUUUGUCCGCUUAUGGAACUGCAAAUGCCGCCACUACUGGUGGUCAACACGUCAAGGCAUUGAGACAUCAAAUAUAUAGUACUUUGAUUUCUCUUUUGAAAUCGGUUAACACUGGUGCUAAGAAUCAAAAACUUAACAGAUCUACACAAGCUUUACUUUUCCACCUUUUAGAACAACGUGGUUCUCAAGGUUUAUGGGCUACCAAGCUUACCAGAGAACUUUGGAAAAGAGGUAUCUGGGAUGAUUCUAGAACCAUUGAAAUCAUGUCUCAAGCUGCUGUACAUUCAGAUGUUAAGGUUGCAGUCGCUGGUGCCAAGUUUUUCCUUGGUGCUGAUAAGGAAAGAGAUGAUGCCUUUGAAGAGGAAAGUUCUGAUGAAGAUGGGUUCGAUAUGGGUGCCCUUAAGCAUAGAUUGAAUAUCAACAAGACCACUUCCAAGAGAGGUAGAAAAAUUGAACAAGUAGCUAAGGCUAUCAAGAAGAAGUCGAACGCUAAGCAUUCUGCUACUUACUUGAACUUUUCUGCCAUCCAUUUAUUACGUGAUCCUCAAGGUUUUGCUGAACAAUUGUUUGACAACCAUUUAAGUGGUAAGAACUCGAAUAAAUUUGAUUUAGAUCAAAAGAUUAUGUUUAUGAAUUUGAUUUCAAGACUUAUUGGUACUCACAAGUUGACUGUCUUGGGUAUCUACUCAUUCUUCUUGAAAUAUUUGACUCCAAAGCAACGUAAUGUUACUCAAAUCAUGGCUGCAUCUGCUCAAGCAUCUCAUGAUUUGGUUCCACCUGAAUCUAUCAACACUGUUGUGCGUAAGAUUGCUGAUGAAUUCGUCAGUGACGGUGUUGCAGCUGAAGUUGCAUCCGCUGGUAUCAACACCAUUAGAGAAAUCUUAUCCAGAGCUCCAUUGGCUAUCGAUGCACCAUUAUUGCAAGAUUUGACUGAAUAUAAGGGAUCUAAAGCCAAGGCUGUCAUGACCGCUGCUCGUUCUUUGAUUUCCUUGUAUAGAGAAAUUGCUCCUGAAAUGUUGUUGAGAAAGGAUAGAGGUAAGACUGCCAGUAUUGAAUUGCAACAAGGAACCAAGAACAGUGGACCUCAAUUCGGUGUUGAAAGUAGUGCUGUCACAUCUAUUCCAGGUCUUGAAUUACUUGCCAAAUGGAAGGUUCAACAAGGUCUUGAUGGUCACGAAGAAAACGAAGCUGAUUGGGAAGUUGAAGAAGAUGAGGAUGGAGAUGACGUUGAAGGUGAUUGGGUUACUGUUGAUUCUGACAAGGAAAUUGAUAUUCCAGACUCAGAUGAUGAAGAUGAAUCCAAGGCUGAUGAUACCAAGAAGGAUGGUGAAGAUUCUGAAUUAGAACUUUCUUCUGAUGAAGAAGAAAAGCCAGAAGGCGAAACUGCUGAGGUGGACGAAGAUGAAGCUGCCAGACCAACUAAGAAGAGUAAGAGAGAAGCUGUAGCACAAAAGGAAGCCGAGGCACUUGCUGCAAGAGAAAAGGCCAUGACCGAAUUACUUUCUACCAGAAUAUUGACUCCUGCUGAUUUUGCCAAAUUGGAAGAAUUACGUGUCGAAGCUGGUUAUGACAAGCUUAUGGGUGGAAAACUUACCAACGAAGAACAAGUUGACUCUACUACUCUUGUAGGAAAGGUUAAAUACAAGCAAUUACGUGAAGAAAGAAUUGCUUUGGCCAACGAAGGUAAGGAAGACCGUGAGAAGUUUGGUUCUAGAAGAGGUAAGAGAGAUGCACCACAUUCUACUACUAAUAAGGAGAAGGCAAGAAAGAAGAAUUUCGUCAUGAUGAUCCACAAGAAGGCCGUUCAAGGUAAGCAAAAGUUAUCAUUACGUGAUAGACAAAAGGUUUUGCGUGCCCACAUCGAUAAGCAAAAGAAGAAGGGUCAUUAGAAUCACUGUACCAUAUAUAUCCAUAUCAAUACUAUAAAUAUAUUACAUUACCGACUUUUUAUUUCGUAAUUGGAUUGAAUAAAGUAAAUAUUACAUUGUUAAAACACAGUACAUAAUAACACAAGUGGAGAUGAA